AUGAGAGUACAAGAAGUGUUUGUGCUUCUCACAGCGAGUCUCUUCGCGGGCGGCGCAUCCGCAAAAUGGUGCAACAACCAGCCCAGUCUGAUAUGGCAGUGCCUCCGCAGCGAUAACAGCAACUCGGGCUACACUGCCUCGUGCUGCCCCGGCGGGAGCUUCAUGCAAGACGGCUUUUGCUGUACCAACAACUGGCGUGGCUUCCAGUCCUGCUGCCACGCUCACAACGGCUACCGCGCUGCCAACGGCUAA